AUGCGGUUGCGUGCAGAAAAUGGCGUGUUGGUCCAGCGACUGGCUCGAUUAGAGGAGGAAUGCAGUUCUAUGGCUGAGCGACUGAUUCAAUCUCAAUUGGUUCGGGCUCAAGAGGCGGAGACAAUGUUGGCUCUUCGCUGCGACCUGUCUGUUCUAAAGCGAACGAUGGCAGAAAAUGAUGUUCAUCGGUCAUCUUUAAACGCCAACGGAGGGUUUGCAAUAGUAAACGGUGACUUUGCGACAUCUAUAAUGAAUUCUAGCGAUACCACUGCUCUUGAUCCCGCAGAUCCUGUGCAAAAGGGAGUCGACUUACCACUAGAAACAUCCACCUCUACAUCAGUGGCGAACAGCUUUGGUCACUCAGCUGUCUCCGUUUCGGACGAGUCCACUUCUGUUUGCCCACCACUCUCUCCACCUGAUGUGAAGCAUGUGUCGGACACCAAGGUUCUCGAAGCUAUUCCCGACCCUGCUCGCGGUGUCGUUGGAUCAGCCACUCAGGACGAUCUGCGUGAUACACUUCCUCGCCAACAACACUUCUUCCGUAACAGAAUGCCGAGCAGGGAAAAUGCACCGACAACCACGGAUGUGUGUCACCUUUAUACUGACCUCUCCAUGUGUUGCGUUCGGGAGGCGGAAGCAAGGACAGAGUUGCUGGAUCUAAAAGCACGAUACUACGCCCUUGAACAGGUAAUUGCAUAUAACUUUUUACCUUUGCAGUUUGGUCCCAAAGUUUGGGCUUAUCAUGUUUCUGUUUGUUCUUAA